UGUUUGUUCAUCUGUUGUUUGAUCUCCACGGCGUGUUCAUAUAUUUCCUUUACACGGAUGAUGUGACCACCAGGCUUCGCACCUUCACGUAGAACGAUGACUUGCCUGAACCUGUCUCUGGUUCUCCUGCUCUUCUGUUGUGGGGCAUCUUGUGAGGUUCUCCAGCACUUCACCGAUGUACCCAGCUGCAAGAAUUUCUUCUACCAGGGACAGGAGCCACUGGGGCUUUCCUCCAAUGCCACAGCCAAUAUCUGCCAACGCCUGGGAGGGAACUAUUAUUAUGCCACCCUAUACCAUCGCUUAGCUCGGGUACCCAUCUACUCAGCCUAUAUCCUGGAGGUCUCCACCACGUCCAGGCCUGACCUCUCCUCCACCAAUUGGUACCUGGAGCCCAUGCUGGCGGGAAUCGGCCAGAAGGACAUGCUUCAGCCAUCGAAUUCUGUGAUGAGUAUGGACAUGGAUGACGUGAUAGAGAGUCAGGCUGUGAACGAUGAUUACAGGAACUCUGGUCUCAGCCGGGGACACGUCAAUCCCAGCAUGCACCACAGCUCUAAUUCCCAGCUCUCCACAUUCACCUACACCAAUAUGGCGCCCCAAGACUCCACCUUUAAUAGCGGGACCUGGAAUGUUUACGAGACCUUCCUACGAGACAAGAUCCUGUCCACGUGCAGCCAGACGCACAUCCUUAGUGGCGUCAUCGUCUCCGGAUUCAAUCCAACUAGAGGAAAGUGGCUGAGGAACCGCGUCAACGUGCCAGACUUUUUCUGGAGUGCAUUUUGCUGCGUGCAUGGAGACGGCACCAAGAGAGCGGAAGGAAGACUGGGCCGUAAUAGCAGUCCGUAUGAUACGGUGACCAAAACCCUCCCAGAACUGGAGGAGAUUCUGAACAAAACCUAUGAAGGACCCGUGAUGCUGUUCAAAAAUGGCUGCCAGUGAUCCUUUCAUGUGGGGGAGGUCCAUGGGGGAGGGGUGUUCUCUAUGAUGUAACCCACCAUACAAUGUCCUGACUCAACCCAUGAGGAUUCCCUUUAUGUUCUGUGAUCAUCUCUAAUAAAUUCCUUCAGAGAAUCUC